AUGGCAGUUGCUAGUCCUGCCAAAAAAAAGAUUUUAAUGCUGCAUGGUUAUAUGCAAUCUGACCGUAUCUUUAAAGCAAAAGUAGGUGGGUUACGUAAAAAGCUUAAAAAGUUAGGAUAUGAUGCAAUGGUUCCUUGUGCCAUUGAGGUAGCCGGUAUUAAAGAUUCGGAUCCUGAUGCUGCAGAUGUUGCCAAAAAAUUGAAUACAAGUGACGCUGACCAUAACAAACUAUAUGGAUGGUACAUAAAAAAUGGUCCUCCUACUGCAGUCAAUGGUGAUUAUGAAAUAAAACAACAAACUUUCGAUUACCUUCGUGACUAUAUUAUUGAGAAUGGUCCAUUUGAGGGUAUUAUGGGCUUCAGUCAAGGUGCAGGUGUUGCAGGUUAUUUAUUAACAGACUUCUAUAAUAUCCUCAACUUAACAGAAGAACAACAACCGCCUUUUAAGUUUUUUGUCGCAUUCAGUGGUUUUAGAUUAGAACCUGAUCAAUAUCAACAAACCUAUUUGGACAAUCUAAUUACUACUCCGUCGUUACAUGUCAUUGGUGAGCUCGAUACUUUAGUCACCGAAGAGAGAAGCUCCUCACUUUUUAAUGCAUGCGCAGAGGGUUCGAAGACACAGUUAGUUCAUCCUGGUGGUCAUUUCGUACCAAGUUCUAACCCAUUUCAAACUCAAAUUUGUAAUUGGAUUCAAAUGAUAACAUUAAAAGACGAUGACCCAAAGAAAAAUCAACGCAAGAGAACACCAAAAACCAUUCAAAUGCCACUGAUUCUGCAACAAUACCUAACCUAG